UUGUGAUACACAAAUGCAGCUUGUUGACAAACUACAAAGACAGUCGUGUUAGUCCUACACAGUCAAAUCAGAAACAACAAGAGUAACUGACAUCAUCAUGUUCUUGGGCGAGAUCGUUGUGGUUUUGUUUGCAGUGUUGUCACCCCUGAGGUGUGAGGAGGUGGAGCGUCACCCCAGUGAUGGCUGGUACAACAAUCUACUGCACCCUGACUGGGGGGCCAUUGACACCCACCUGUUACGACGUAGCCCCGUCAACUACAGUGAUGGCGUGUACGAGCCUUCAGGCACCAACAGACCAAACCCUCUGGACAUCAGCAGGAUAGCUUUCAACGGGACGAAUGACUUGAGCAGUGUCAGAAACAGGAACGCCCUACUCGUCUUCUUCGGCCAGCAGCUGGUUGAGGAAAUAAUGGACGCCCAGAGACCCGGAUGUCCGAUUGAAUACUUCAACAUUCCCGUACCCAAAAACCACAAGUACAACCCAGACAACAAGGACGAUCUAGAGUUGCCGUUCUUGCGGUCUCGCUACGACCAACGGACGGGAUUCUCGCCAAAUAACCCGAGACAACAACUAAAUGAGAUCACCCCCUACAUCGACGGGAACCUGGUCUACGGGGCCGGGAAAUCCGUUGAAGACACCCUCCGGUCCUUCAAGAACGGCGAGCUACUGGCAGAUCACGAAGAGAUCAAGAAAAGUUUCCCGGCAAAAAACGACAUCCGGUUACCGUUCGCCAAUCCUCCGUCACCAAGAGACCAUAUUCUAAGACCUGUCAGCAGAUUUAGGCGAUUUGGGAACCCGAGGACCCACGAGAACCCGUUCAUUACGUCACUAGCUGUUGUGUGGUUCAGGUACCACAACGUCAUCGCCAGGCAGCUCAAGGCCAGACACUCAAACUACAGUGACGAGCAGCUGUUUAAUGGUGCCAGGAAGAGAGUCAUAGCACAGUACCAGAAAAUUGUUAUGUAUGAAUGGUUGCCGGGCUGGCUAGCGAUCUACGCCAACGGAUCGAAGUUUGAUCUCCGUAGUCUGUAUCCUUAUGGGGGCGGUGGCUCGAAUCAAUACAAAGGUUAUGACCCUAACGUCCAUCCUGGCAUCAGCACAGAGUUCCAGGCGGCGGCCUUCAGGUUUGGUCACACUCUGGUACCGUCCGUUGUUUACACCUUCAAAGAUUUCCAGAACCGCUGCGCAAAGGUCUCCCGUCUAGUUCAGGGGAAAUUCACCUCCCAGCCUGAAGGAGGGGAGCAGACCAAGGAUGUGAAAGGAAUUAGGCUCUGUAAUUCUUACUGGGUUCCUGAAGAGACGGUAGAGGUGGAGAAUGGAAUGGACGAGUUAAUCCGAGGAUUAAUUUAUACAAGAGCUACAAAAGAAGACAACAUCAUUGUUUCGGACUUGAGAGAGGACGUCUUUGGUCCCCUGGAUUGGUCAAGGCGGGACCUGGGAGCUUUGAAUAUUCAACGUGCACGUGACCUGGGACUUCCGGGAUAUAACGACGUACUGGAGGCUUACGGGUUGCCAAGGAAACGGAAUUGGGAGGAAAUCAAUUCAAACUAUACGAAGUAUUUUAACUUUUCAACAACUUUGAGAUUGCUGCGGAAUUUGUACAACAACACACCGAGUCCUGACGAGCUGGAUGUGUUUGUUGGUGGUUUGUUGGAGACCACAGACGACGGUCCUGGGCCUCUCUUUCAAAAAAUUAUUCUAGAACAGUUUUUGAGGAUCAGACACGGGGACAGGUUUUGGUAUGAGAACGAGAAGAACGGACUUUUCACAUCUGAAGAAUUAGGAGAAAUCGAAAGUACGACAUUUUACGAUGUCUUGAACAAUGUUACAAACGCUUUUAACCGGCUGACGACGUUUUCCGGCAAGGAGAAAGAUGUCUUCGUCUGUAAUGUCAAUCCCCUAUCAACACAGUGUAGGUGUGUCGAUCCUUUCGUGAACAAGGCGGAAACUCAUGAAGUGUGUGUACCUUUGCAGCAUUACGAUUACUUUUCUGGGAGUGAGGUCCCUUUUCUUGUCACUAUAGUGAUCAUUGGAAUGUCAUUACCAGUUACGAUUGGGAUUCUGUUGCUUCUGGCCAAGCACAGACAAAAAGCUCUGGCUAAAAAUGUUGCGACAUCUGGACAUACUUUAGCUGAUGGUCCAAGUCAUUUUUAUGCAACGGAAUGGGUUGGCAGGACCACCUACGGUCAGCUUAACGCCAGGGAGGUCAAGGUCGAGUUAAACGACGAGAGGUUCAAGGUUUUUAUCUCCAACCUCAACGGCGAGGUCAUCCGACUUUUGGAUCUCCGCCGCAAGCCGGACAACAAUGGCGUCAGGCCGAGAGCGUCCGUUACUCGCUCCAGCGACAAGGGGAAUAAACUCAUGAUGCUUGCCAUCCCAGGGGAGAUAGAUCUGGUCCUCUACUUUACAUCCCAGCAAGGAAGAGACAGUGCUUAUGACAAGCUGCAUAGGUUUUUUCAAAAACAUGGAUGGGAAUAUAAACAAGCUCCCCAUUUGGUGGAACAAAUAAUGUGGAGGGAGGCCAUGACAAUAGACCAGAGGAAGGAAGUUUUGGCCAGAUUUUUCAAAAGUGUUUUAGCUGAGUUAUCUGGAGGGGACAUGAGAACUAACAUCAACCCUGAGCAAACUGAGGAAGUUCUGUCCACUAGACUCACCAGAACUGAAUUUGCUGAUGCCCUUGGCCUUCAGCCCCACUCGUUGUUUGUCAGGAACAUGUUCUUGUUGGUGGACUCGUCAGGAGAUGGAUUUGUUUCAUUUGAGGAGUUUAAAGCUUAUUUUGGUAUUUUAUCUUCAGGUAAACCAGAAGAAAAAGCUCUGAUGUUCUUUAAAAUGUUUGACACAAAUAGAAAAGGAAAAUUAUCAAAAGACAACUAUAAGAAGAUGAUAAGGGCCUUAUUGGAGCUGAACGAAGCAACAGAUACAAAAGCACUAGAUAUAAACAGUAUGGUGGAUACAGUCUUUCAACAAGCUGGCAAACAUAACGAGGGUUACCUGACCUUUGAAGACUUUAAAAAUAUUAUGUUCUCUGGCAAUGAUGACUUGUGGAAGUCAGCAGUAUUAAACCUGGAUGUUGGGGGUGGGGUCACUAAACUAGGAAAACAACAAAGUUCUGUGAAGGAACGAACAAAAUCAUUUAUUAAAGGAUAUGAAAAAGUCGUGAGGUCAAGUAUGGUUGCAGGAGCAACACAAAGAGUGAGGCUGACAUCAAAAGUUGAAACACCCCCAACUUCCAGAGUUGCCGUCUUCUUCCACACACUCACCCGCUAUGUCAGCAACAAAAACAGGCAAAUAUUCUGGGUGACACUCUACACUCUGGUGACUUUUGGAAUAUUUAUUGAAAGGGCUUAUUAUUAUUCUUUUGAGCGUGAACAUGCUGGCCUGAGACGUAUGGCAGGUUAUGGAGUCUCUGUGACCAGAGGUGCAGCCAGUGCCCAAAUGUUUACCUACUCCAGUCUCCUGGUCACCAUGAGUAAAAACACACUCACAUUCUUCAGGGAAACAUUCGUACACAGGUACAUACCUUUUGACAGUGCACAUGCCAUGCACAUCUACAUAGCAGCACUGGCUGUUUUAUUUACAGUGAUACAUGUGAUUGGUCAUGUGAUCAACUUCUAUCACAUUGCAACCCAGCCCUCUUCUGACCUGAACUGCUACUUCACUGAGUUUUUCAGACCAACACACGUGUUGGCAAGUUUCCAGUACUGGACAUAUCAAACUAUAACUGGUGUAACAGGCAUUGCCUUGGUUUUUGUAAUUGUUGUGAUGUAUGUUUUUGCCAUGCCAUAUGCCAGACGGAAUGUCUUCAAGUAUUUCAGUGCAACACAUAACUUAUAUAUUUUGAUCUACAUCCUGCUAUUUCUUCACGGCCAUGCUCGUCUGGUACAAGUACCACUUUGGCCAAAUUAUUUCCUUGGGCCAAUGGUUCUAUUUGUCUUAGACAAGCUGGUAUCAGUCAGCAGAAACAAAGUUCUUCUGCCCAUCCACAAGGCAGUUCUACUUCCAUCGGGUGUGAUAAAUAUAAUAAUCAAGAGACCCCUGGGCUUCAACUACCAGUCUGGGCAAUGGGUCAGGAUAGCCAUUCCACAGCUAGGCAAGGGAGAGUACCACCCCUUCACACUGACAUCCGCCCCACAUGAAAAAAACAUCAGCUUACAUAUAAGAGCUGUUGGACCAUGGACCAAUAAUUUAAGGCAGUUGUUUGAUCCUAACAAUCCUAAUAAAGUCAGCUUUCCUAAGGCUUAUAUAGAUGGACCAUUUGGUGAAAGCCACCAAGACUGGUUUAGAUUUCCUGUCUCUGUGUUGGUGGGUGGAGGAAUUGGAGUCACACCUUUUGCCUCCAUCCUUAAAGACAUUGCUCAUAGAGCCAAGGAUGUCAGCACCAGGAUACCAUGUCAGAAGGUGUACUUUGUGUGGGUGACAAGAACCCAGCAGAGUUUUGAGUGGAUGACUGAGAUCAUCAGACAAGUUGAGGCUGCAGACACUCAAGGAUUUGUUGAUGUCCAGAUCUGUAUCACACAGCUCAAGGAAAAGUUUGACCUUAGGACCACUAUGUUGUAUAUAUGUGAGCGUCACUUCCAGAAAAUUGCUGGUGUGAGUAUGUUUACUGGUCUUAGAGCAAAAACACAUUUUGGCCGUCCAAAGUUUCAAGACUUUUUUGAAGCCAUCAAAUUUGUGCAUAAAAAUGUCCACCAGAUAGGUGUCUUUAGCUGUGGCCCUCCUUCUAUGACAAGAAAUGUCCAGCAAGCUUGCACUGAAAACAACUCCUACACCGGCCCUUCACUGAUCCACUACUUUGAAAAUUUUUAAAAUCUGAUUGGUUACAAUGUUUUCAAAGUAGACCUACACAGCAAUAGAGA